GGUACCUUUCAAGUACCCAAUCUUCGUCUACGGUACGGAAUCCGAGCGUGUCAACCGGCCUCACGUGGGUGAGCUGAAACCACCUCCUAAUAGAGGGGCGCGCCCCGAUAAGGGGAAAAACUGGCAAUGCACUUAUCAGAACGAGCCUAUCAAACCCCGUCCCUGAUAAUAGAAAAAAGAAGAAAAAAAAGAAAGCAGCCCACCCUAAGGCCUUCAGAAAUGGAAAUCAACCGAUCAAGACCUUCUUCCUCUUCUCUCUCACCAGGACCCCGACGCGGAUUUCUUGCGAAUAACCCCCCACAGAAACCUCCAGGCUCGGGGCCACAGCGCACGCCAUGCCUCGCCACAAAAAGGACAAGCCGUGGGAUACCGAUGACAUCGACCAUUGGAGUACUGUCCCCUUUACUCCCGAGGACAAUGCCGGCGGCACCUUCGCGGAGGAGUCCUCCUUCAAGGUGCUGUUCCCCCGGUACCGCGAACAGUACUUGAAAGAGGCCUGGCCCAUCGUCACCCGCGCCCUCCAGACUCACCACAUCGCCUGCACCCUCGAUCUCAUCGACGGAAACAUGUCCGUCCACACCACCCGAAAGACCUUCGACCCCGCCGCCAUCCUCAAGGCUAGGGACGUAAUAAAGCUUCUGGCCCGGAGCAUGCCCGCCCCGCAAGCCUUGAAGGCCCUCGAGGACGGUACGGCCAUGGACGUUAUCGGCAUCCGGAGACUGGUCUCGAAUAAGGACCGAUUCAUCAAGCGUCGCCAACGGCUGCUAGGCCCCAACGGAACCACCUUGAAGGCCUUGCAGCUGCUCACGCAAACCUAUAUCCUCGUCCAAGGCAGUACCGUCGCUGCCGUCGGGCCCUACAAAGGACUAAAAGAACUACGGCGAAUAGUAGAAGACGCGAUGCACAACAUCCACCCGAUCUACCACGUCAAGGAGCUCAUGAUCAAGCGCGAGCUCGAGAAGGACCCGAAGCUGGCGAACGAGAGCUGGGACCGGUUCCUGCCCAACUUCAAGAAACGCUCCCUAAGCACCCGCCGCAAGCCCUUCAAGGUGGCGGACAAGUCCAAGAAGCCGUACACGCCCUUCCCGCCGGCGCCCGAGAAGAGCAAGGUCGACCUGCAGAUCGAGAGCGGCGAGUACUUCGCCAAGAAGGACUCCGCUGCCGCGAGGAGAGAGAAGAGGAAGGACUAGACGGAUGUCGGUCCACCAGCCGGCCGGGCCGUCCGCUUGCCAGAACAAAAUCAACGAGAGGGGAGAAGAGGAAGGGUGGGGAAGAAGGAAGAGAAGAACAAGGGUGGGAAUUACAUUAUUGCCAAAGUACCGACGCCGACGGAGACGGCGUUUCAGCUACACCGCGUAAGCCUCUGCGCCGGACACAACGGGAAGCGACCGCAUAUCUAUUCGUUUUUUUUCCCACGUGGG